GCGCUCCCGGCCCGCGCGCCAUCUUGGCUGCUCCACAAGGGUCGAGCGUGGACUGGCGAGUGUGUGAGAUUCACCAAGGCGGUGCGCGCAGAAUGGAGCACUACCGGAGGGCUGGCUCUGUAGAGCUCCCAGCCUCCUCACCCAUGCCCCAGCUCCCUCCUGACACGCUGGAAAUGCGAGUCCGAGAUGGGAGCAAGAUCCGAAACCUGCUAGGGCUGGCGCUGGGGCGUUUGGAAGCGGGAAGCACGAGACACGUGGUGUUCUCGGGGUCUGGCCGGGCUGCUGGAAAGGCUGUCAGCUGCGCAGAGAUUGUCAAGCGGCGGGUUCCGGGCCUACACCAACUCACCAAGCUCCGUUUCCUGCAAACUGAGGACAGCUGGGUCCCGACCUCACCAGACACAGGCCUAGACCCCCUCACAGUUCGACGCCAUGUGCCUGCUGUGUGGGUACUGCUCAGCCGGGACCCCUUGGACCCCAGUGAAUGUGGUUACCAACCUCCAGGAGCACCCCCUGGCCUGGGCCCCGUACCUAGUGGCAGCUGUGGUCCCAGACCCAGGAGAAGGGCUCGGGACACCCGCUCCUGAAGACCUGUGGGGCCUGACUGUGCCUGA